ACGAAGUUAAGAAAGUGACCUUUGAUUGACUGAUAGAAUCCAGUUGGGCAAAACAUCUCAGGUAUAAAUAUGCAGCAAACACCACAGCCAAAACAUGCAUCAAACAUUAGACCUAAUUGAGUGUCACAGAAAUUGUAAGAAACCAUUUUUCUCCAAGAACAAACUUGGAACCCUUAUUGCAUGUAUUGGGGGAAAGUUUUGGGUGGCCAGAUAGGUGGUGGAGGUGUGAUGGAGGAGGAGGUAUGGAGGAAGGGACCAUGGACUGCUGAAGAAGACAGGUUGCUUGUUGAGUAUGUCAGACUGCAUGGUGAAGGAAGAUGGAACUCUGUUUCUAGGCUUGCAGGGUUGAAAAGAAAUGGAAAGAGCUGCAGAUUGAGGUGGGUGAAUUAUCUGAGGCCUGAUCUCAAGAGGGGACAGAUAACACCACAAGAAGAGAGUAUAAUUCUGGAGUUGCAUGCAAGGUGGUCAACAAUUGCAAGGAGUUUUCCAGGGAGAACUGACAAUGAGAUAAAGAACUAUUGGAGGACUCAUUUCAAGAAAAAGGCUAAAAGUCCCUCUGAUGCAGCUGAAAAGGCAAGGAAUAGAGUCCUGAGGAAGCAGCAAUUUCAGCAGCAACAGUUGCUGCAGCAGCAGCAGCAACAGUAUCAGGCACAACAACAGCUACAGUUCAACUUUGACAUGAAAGGCAUCAUGGCCUUGCUUGAGGAUAACAACACAUGUAGAGCACCUUAUGCAGCACCUCAAACUAGACAAGAAAUGAUCAACAUGCAGCAAAACACCACAGAAGAGCAAUUCUUGUACUCCAUGCUCAAUAGCAACUUUUCUGCACCAGAAACCUCAUCUGAAGAAACUUUUUUGGAUGGUCUGUGGAACUUGGAUCAUGGGAAUUUCACUGUAACUAGUGCAGCAAGCAAAGUUGGUCUAUACAAUUUAGUUGCUCCCUUCUGUUAAUGGUUUAGAAAACUACUCCUUAGUUAAUCUAAUCUAAGUCAUAGUUUCAUAUGGCUCCAAGAAAAAAUCUACAACUUUUGGAGUUUCCCAGAGUAAUUGUUGUUGCAGAAGCUGUGUGAUAGAAAUAUUAUAUUCUGAAGGCAACUUACUUUGUAA